AGGUAAGACCUGGCUGGCUACCUGUCUCUGUGUCUCCAGCAAUACUGAGCCUGAGGCAGCCUCAGGAGACAUUUGCUGAAUGGCUACAAAAGGCAGAGGAAACAUCUCUGCCACCUCUGACUUCACACUACCUACCCUCCAGAGUCUUCCGUGCCCACUGUGACUUCAUGCAGUUGUCUGUGAAAGGCAAUCAGGUCGUCGUUCACGGCUACCAGGUCUUUCAUGUCCACUGUGACUUCCAGGAUCACAAGCCCUUUUGCGCCCACCAUGCCUUCUCCACCUACGAGACCCUCGAAGCCCAGCACGCCUCCGGCGUCCACUAGACCCUCGAUGCCCACAGUAUCUCCCAAGCCUCCUGCGUCCUUGAAGACCACUAAAUCGGCAAUGCCCACCAAGCCAUCGAUGGCCCCCGACCCGGCCGUGAGCCCGAGCAGUUCCAAGUCUACCAAAUGGGCAAGUACAAAGCCAGUCCCUUCUAACCAGCCCAGCGGCAGGUCCCAAGUCCGCAGCAGGGUGAGAACACCUAGCAAGGCCAGCACUGAUACCAGGGCCAGCAAAGCCAGCAAGGCUGGCGGGGUAAGACACCACCAGCGGAAGGGCGCACACAGCCGGGGUAGAACUCCCAGCAGGAGGGGAAACCAGAGCUCCAAGAGGUCACCCAGCAGGGCCAGCACUCCCAGCAGGAAGAGAACUCUGGGUGCAAAACGAGGUACUCCCAGCAGGGGGAGAACCCCUACUUCUCAGCAAAAACGGGGUCGGAGGAAGAGUUACAGCCGGCCUAGAACCAACAACCAGAAAAGGAGUGAGAGCCAGCAUAGAAACAUGAGCAGAGAGAAGAGUUAUAGCCCACCAGGAGCCUCGGGCAUGGGGAAUACUUCCAGGCUGGCUGCAACCCCCAGCAGGGCAAAGAGUUACAGUCCCACCAGAACUUCCUUCAAGGAGACGGGCUGCAGCCAGUCUCCAUCGCCACCGAGGAGGGUGAAGAGUUAUAGUCAACUGCUUAACCCCGCCGGGGCCUGGAGUUAUGACCCAUUUAAAAUGUCCAUCAGGGUCAAGAGUUACAGUAUGGGUGGUGCACUCAGCAGGACCCGAAGUCACAGCCGAUCCGGCACCCCCGGCAGGACCCGAAGUCACAGCCGAUCUGGCACCCCCAGCAGGACCCGAAGUCACAGCCGAUCUGGCACCCCCAGCAGGACCCGAAGUCACAGCCGAUCUGACACCCCCAGCAGGACCCGAAGUCACAGCUGGUCUAGAACUCCCAGAAGGGCAAGAAGUUGCAGUCGGAAGAGGACCCACAGCAGGGGGAGAAGUCACAGUUGUGAGAGAAAUCGUAGCAGGGCGAGAAGUCAAACACGGAAGGAAACUGCCAGCCAGAUGAGAAGACAUAGCCAGUCUAGAGCCCGCAGCAAGGAGAAAAGUUAUAACCAAUCUAGAACCCCCAGAAGGGAAAGAAGUCACAGCCAGUCUAGAAGCCCCAGCGAGGAGAGAGAUCACAGACGAUCUAGAAGCCCUAGCAAGGAGAAAGGUCGCAGACAAUCUAGAAGCCCCUGGAAGGACAGAGGUCACAGACGAUCUAGAACUCCCAGCAAGGAGAGAGAUCGCAGCCGAUCUAGAAGCUCCAGAAAAGAGAGAUAUUGCAGCCGAUCUAGAAGCUCCAGUAAGGAAAGAGAACAUAGCCAAUCUAGAAGCUCCGGGAAGAAAAGAUAUCACAGCCGAUCUCGAAGCUCCAGCAAGGAAAGAGAGAACAGCCGAACUAGAACUCCCAGGAAAGAGAGCUAUCACAGCAGAACAGGAACCCCCGGCAAGGAGAGAGAUCACAGCCCAACUAGAACCUCCAGCAAGAGAGAAGAGCACAGCAGGUCUAGAACCCCCAGCAAGGAGAGCACCCACAGCCGAUCUAGAACCCCCAGCGAGGAGAGAGUUCGCAGCCAAACUAGAACCCUCAGCAAGAAAGAGCAAAGCCGGUCUAGAACCCCCAGCAAGGAGAGAGAUCGCAGCCAAGCUAGAACCUCCAGCAAGAGAGAGCACAGUGGGUCUAGAACCCCAAGCAAAGAGAGCAUCCACAGCCGAUCUAGAACCCCCAGCGAGGAGAGAGAUCGCAGCCAAGCUAGAACCUCCAGCAAAGAGAGAGAUCUCAGCCGAUCUAGAACCCCCAGCGAGGAGAGAGACCGCAGCCAAGCUGGAACCUCCAGCAAAGAGAGAGAUCUCAGCCGAUCUAGAACCCCCAGCAAGGAGAGAGAUCGCAGCCAAGCUAGAACCUCCAGCAAAGAGAGAGAUCGCAGCCGAUCUAGAACCCCCAGCAAGGAGAGCAUUCACAGCCAAUCUAGAACGCCUGGCGAGGAGAGAGAUGACAGCCAAUCUAGAAUCCCCAGAAGUCUCAGCUGGAAGCAAUCCUCUAGCAGGGCACAGAGUCCCAGUCGAAACAGAACACCUAGUGAGACACGGAGCCUCUCCCCCUCAAGAUUUCUCGGAGCAAUCCCAGUCCCAAACCAGGAUGAUACUGAAGCCAACGCUACCACUUCUAAGGCCGCCUCACCUGGAGAGAGGUCCUCAUCGUCUUCUUCCAAGCUGGCGUAG